UCAAGUCUUCCUAGUUCCUACGCAAACACAAAUGUUCCAUCCUCCGUCAAAAACCGUUAACUACCAACGACAAAGAAUGUUAGCUAUUUCAACGCAAUGUAUGACUUGUGGUUGUAAACUAUAUCAAACUUUGUCAAACAUGUUCCUUACCUUAAGCCAUUGCACACGUUUUUCUUUCCCAAAUUAGUCACUUUCCUCUUUUCUUUUCAUUUCUUAAACAAGUUUCAUUUUUUCAAAUGAAAAAAAACUGGGUUGUUGUUACAUUAGUUUUUCAUGCUCAUAAAAAUACUGGGUUGUGUUUAUUUUCUUCGAUUUGUGUGUUUUGAAUAUAAAAUUUUGAUUUUUAUUUCUUGGUUUUAAAAAUGUGGAGUAGAUGGAGCAAUGGGUUGUUGAGAAAAAGGGCGUAUUCAAUUUUCAAUGGAAAUCAUAGUUAUGGUGGAAAAAUUCAAUCUUUUGAUCCAUUUUUGAUGAAUAUGAGGGAUUUUAGAUUGGAAUAUGGUGAAAAGAGAAAAGGGGUUGGAUAUUUUUCAGUUGUUGUGAUGAACCAAAUGAAAAGGGGUAUGUGUUCUUCAUCUUCUGAUAGUAGCAACAAUGAUUCAUCAGAGAAUGGGGGUGUGCAAAGCAAUGGUAAAGGGAAAGAUGAGACUAUAUCUUUCUCUGAAGCUAAGAAGCUUAUGAGAUUGGUGAAUGUGGAAUCUCUAAAGAUGAAACUUGGUAUGGAUGGAAAAGAAGUUAUUUCUUAUAAUGAACUUAUUGAAGCUUGUGAGAGUAUGGGUGUUGCUAGGAAUUCUGAAGAGGCUGCUGCAUAUGCUAAGGUUCUUGAUGAAGCUGGUGUUAUUCUUCUCUUCAGGGAUAAGGUCUAUCUUCAUCCUGAUAAGGUGGUUGAUCUGGUUAGAAGAGCAGUUCCAUUAGCACUGACUGCAGACAAUGAUCCACUGAGGGAAGAGUUAAAGAAGCUGCUCGAUAAGAAAGAAGAAAUUGACGUGUUGGCGCAUAGGCAGAUGCGCCGCAUCCUAUGGUCCGGACUAGGUUUCGGUGUAGUUACUGUUAGUCUCUUCUUCAGGCUAACAUUUUGGGAAUUCUCAUGGGAUGUAAUGGAGCCGAUUACUUUUUUCACAACAGCAACUGGCUUAGUAAUAGGUUAUGCCUACUUUUUAUACACAUCAAGAGACCCUACUUACCAAGAUUUCAUGAAGAGACUCUUUCUUUCAAGGCAAAGGAAGCUUUACAAGAGGUAUAACUUUGAUGUUGUGAGAUGCAAGGAGCUUCAAUACAUGUGUAAAACACCUUUAGAUGCCAAAACCAUUUUGAAAAAUCGAAUAGGAGUUGAUUGCGAUCUCGAUGAUGCUUUACACAAGGAUUAACAAUUUUCAGGUGGUUUUAUAAUGUUUAUUAAAAAAAUCACUCUCUUUUUUUCUUAUUGAGUUAAUUUUGAUCUCCCUCUAUUUUCCCAUUGGUGGGGAGAAGCUUAUUCUAACUUCUGUUCUGGCUUGUAAUUUGUGAGCCACCAUUUUUUUUUUUCCUUCUUUAACUGUUGUAUGUACUUAUUAAAUUAAAUACAAAAGAUGAUUACAUAUUCUUCCA